GGUGAUGGCAACCGAACCACGCUGGGACCCGGCGGCUGUUGGGACGACGUAGACGACCCCCAAAACUACACCCUGCUGGGACCCCCGUCACUCAUCCCUGAUGCCAUCGCCAACGGGGCGAUGGAUGGGGUGCUGUUGGGUGCACGCCUCACCCGAGCACCCAUCCCGCUCGCCGACCUUCUCCGGGGCUACUACGGGACAGGCAACGGCACGGAGAAGGGGCGACCCCCCAGCAGUUACCGGCGACGAGAUUUCGGGGUGCUGACGGAGCCAGGGAAGCUGGAGGAGGAGGUGGCGGCGAUGCUGAGGGUGCUGCGGGUGCUGCCACCCACCCAGGAGCUCUUGGAGGAUGUGGGGCCGGAGGAGGUGGUGGCCAUCGCUCAUCAAGCGGCACGGGACUUCAUGGAGGUCUACGUGGACUGCCCGGCCAUCGUGCCCCGGUGCAUGUGGGGUGCCCGUCCCUACCGGGGCACCCCCAAGCCGUUGACCCUCCCCUUGGACUCCAUCUACAUCCACCACACCUUCAUACCCAGCGCCCCGUGCCGCACUUUCACGGCCUGCGCCCGCGCCAUGCGUGCCAUGCAACGCUUCCACCAAGACAUCCGUGGUUGGGAUGACAUCGGCUACAGCUUCGUGGUGGGGUCGGAUGGGUACCUGUACCAAGGUCGGGGUUGGCACUGGGUUGGUGCCCACACCAAAGGCUACAACAGCAAAGGCUACGGCGUGGGCUACGUUGGAGACUUCUCGGCCAUCUUGCCGGAUCCUGACACCAUCGCCCUGGUGAGAGACGGGCUCCUGCCCUGCGCCGUGCGGACCGGCCGGCUCCAUCAUAACUACACGCUACGUGGCCACCGCCAGAUGGGUCAUACCGACUGUCCCGGCAACUCCCUCUUCCGUGAGAUCGAGACCUGGCAUGGCUUCAAG